GCCCCGCCGCUAUUUCCCCGGCGCCGGGCCGGGUGCGGGCAGAGGGCGGUGAGCCCGAACCUGUCCGUGCCGCCGUCCAGGGGGUCUCCGCACCACCCGGCAGCCCCCGACAUGGGGUGCCGAGCCGCCUGCGUGCUGGCCGUGCUGCUGGCCGGGCUCGUCCCGCUGGGGCAGGGCCAGGAGAGGGAGAAGGUGAAAUGCUACGACAACGUGCGGGGCACCAUCUACGACUACGGGGCGCUGACCAUCGAUGGGGACGAGUACAUCCCCUUCCGAAGGUACGCGGGGAAGAUGGUGCUCUUCGUCAACGUGGCCACAUACUGAGGGCUCACCCUGCAGUACCUCGAACUGAAUGCACUACAAAAUGAGCUGGGGCCCUAUGGACUUGUCGUCCUGGGCUUCCCCUCCAACCAAUUUGGGAAGCAGGAGCCUGGCCAGAACUCUGAGAUCCUCCCUGCGCUGAAGUACGUGCGGCCAGGAGGUGGCUUCGUCCCCAACUUCCAACUCUUCCAGAAAGGGGAUGUGAAUGGGGCCAAGGAGCAGAAGGUCUACAGCUUCCUGAAGAAUUCCUGCCCUCCGGUGGCGGAGGAGUUUGGCAACCCCAAGAACCUCUUUUGGGAGCCACUGAGGAACCACGACAUCAAAUGGAACUUUGAGAAGUUCCUGGUGGGCACUGACGGGGUGCCCGUCAUGCGCUGGUACCACCGUGCCAACAUCGCCACCGUUAAGAACGACAUCAUUGCCUACAUGCGGCAGCAGCGGCGCCAGUAGCCCCCCAGCUCGCCCCCCCCCGCAGCCCCCGACCCAGCCCUGGGGAGCAGAGGAUGACAUCUACAUGAAGGCCCGGCCUGAAAGCCCCCACCAUGGGGUGGGCUCGGCCCGAUCCCGCCUGGGUGUGGUGCAGCCCUUUGGUGCAUUCAGGCUGCCCAUGCUGUGCAGGGAUGUGCUCCUCUCCCAGCCCCAGGGGCCAACCCCCAGUGCUCCACAGCAAUGCCAAAUAAAGGCUCUGCAACCGCA